ACAAUUGGAAAAGAAUACGUCCAUCGGCUAUAGUUAGUAGAGUACUACACGAAAUGAACUCUGUGAGGUUGAUUGCAGUUUUGCAGAAAUCUAGAGAGAGAGAGAGAGAGAGAGCAAAAAAUGUUGACAUCUACCUUGCUGAGAUUUAUUUUCCCACCACCAUCUUCUCUAUUCAUCACGGUCAUGUCAGUGUUUAGCUUCACAUCAACAGCUUAUCUUGGGUUCUCAGAAUUAAGAGGAAAGCACGCGCCAUAUUCCAAGUUUUGGAAUGGAAGUUCUACAAAAUCUGGAACAAGAAAGCAGACUGAAGUUUCUAGCAGGAAAGGCAUGCUCUUUAGUUAUACUCCUGCAUUUCUUGCUUGUCUCACAUCCUUUGUGCUUUUGGCACCUCAGGGUACCCGGUUUUUAUUGCUCCGUUCUGCCUUAACCCUUCACUUCUUCAAGAGGAUAUUUGAGGUGCUGUUUGUUCACAAAUACAGUGGGGGGAUGGUUCUUGAUUUAGUAAUCCUGAUUUCUCUCAGUUACUUUACGAUCACUGCAACAAUAAUAUAUUCCCUACACCUAACACAAGGGAUUUCAGAGCCACCGGUUGAUCUCAAGUAUCCUGGAGUUUUGCUGUUUCUUAUAGGAAUCGGAGGCAACUUUUACCACCAUUACCUCCUUUCCAAACUCAGAGGAAAGAGUGACAAAGAAUAUAGGGUUCCCAAGGGUGGUUUAUUUUGCUUGGUUAUAUGCCCACAUUAUCUGUUUGAAAUAAUCGGUUUCUUGGGGAUCUCGUGCAUUUCUCAGACACUUUAUGCAUUUUCUUUCACUCUGGGCAGUGCUUUGUACCUGAUGGGAAGGAGUUAUGCCACAAGGAGAUGGUACUUGUCAAAACUUGAGGAUUUUCCUCAGCAUCUCAAGGCUCUCAUUCCAUAUGUUUUCUAGAAUGUAAAACACAGUUCGAAAAAACAUAAUAAUUGGCUAGAGAAGUGUUACAACCACAAGAUCGUAAAAGUAAAUCUACAUACUGAUAUGAUUUUGAUGAUAUGUUAUAUCUACUUUCGAAUCGGAAGUUGCGUGAGAACCACGACGAGGAGUUGGAUUCUGAUGGUUCGUUUGAGAAUCGUGCUGAUAACGUGUUAUGAACUCAAUGAAAAAGAGAGAAUGAGAGGAGAUUCUCUUA